AUGCAAACAAUUGCAUUCUUUAAAGAUGAAGAUCUCAAAGAAACCUUUGCCAAUUAAACUUCGAUGUAAAUCAUUAUUGAAAAAUUUAGAAUUUAGACUCUAUAACAUGCAUAAUUAGAAGUGAGCAAAAUAAAUGAAAAAUCUCCAUAAUUGAGAAAAUAAGCUGAAAUGAAUUUUGAUAUGGCUCAACAUACAAUAACUCGAUUGGCUGAUGACUUGAAGGCUAUUCAUAAAUCUAUAAAUAGGAUUAAGGAAUUAAAUCAACUAAUAGAUGAAAUAAAAAAAAAAUAAUGAA